CUUUAGCUGUGAUAAUCUCAGUAAAGCUUUAUACUGUCAACAAUUAUUAUAGCGUGUUUAACGUGCAUCUGUUGGUUUGUUUACAACAAAAAGUAGUGACCUAGAUUUUUUCAAAAAGUACUUCUUAAUUACCAUGGGAUCUAAGCUCAACUUGACGGAUUCUGAAUGCCUAUUUUUGUGGGAUGAGGCAAGAUUAAAAUUAUUAAUUUCAACUACCGUUUUUCUGCUUCUGUGCGCUGUGGUUGGGGUUUUUGGCAAUGGAGUAGUAAUUUAUGUUUAUGGAUUUCGACUUCCUAGGAAAUAUGAGGGCCGUUAUUUUAUUCCCUUUUUGGCUCUUGCUGAUCUUUUUGCUGUGGUUAUCUCAGUAGAACUUCAUACGGUCAACAAUUUCUUUCCUGUAACUUACAAGAUGGAAACGCUUUGUAAAUGGAAUUUUGUGUGUGGAGUAUUUGCUACCAUUUUUACUUCAGGCAUUCUGCUGAUAAUCGCUGUGCAGCGCUACCUGAAAGUUUGCAAACCUUUUGGAGGGCAGAUGACUUUGUUCUGGAGACGUUUUUCUUUGUGCCUGUCUUUGGUUCUUGCAAGUAUUCUAAUAGUUCCAACAUAUUCCACAUAUGGACUUGAAAAAGUUUACAACAAAGAACUGAACGUAACCGGAACUGCUUGUCAUAGACUGGUCUCCACCACACCAAAUUUGUCUCUAAUCCGCAGCGUCACAUUUACCUUAAUCAUUGUAAUCGGGGGAGUUGUACUUAUUGUUUUGUAUAUUAUGAUAGCAAAAGUCAUAUAUCAAAAAAACAAACAGAACAGGAGAGGUCCCAGCAAGAAAACCACAAAUAUUUCGUUAAUGUUUAUGGUUAUUACAAUAAUAUUUAUUGUAUUAUUCCUAUUUAGAAUGGCCACGUCAAUCUGGGAGAGUAAAACCCCCGGCGUAUGGGAAACUCUGACUGUAGAAGAAUAUGUUGGUAUGAGAGUGUUAGAAAUAGUGUACAUCUUAAACCACGUGUAUAAUCCAUUUGUUUAUGCUUUCAUGGAUGUCAAAUUUAAGGCUGAAAUAAAACGGAUGUGUUUGUGUAAAAAAUAGCGACAUAAGAAAGUUGCGUGGUAUUUUUAAUUUAUAUUGAAAUUUUUAUUCAUGCAUACAAAGAAGUUUAAAUAUAUGAUAGUAAUAUAAAAUGUAACAUUCAAUCUCUUUUUUAAAUAUAAAACAUUGAAAAAAACACAGCAAUAUGUAUAUAAACACUACUCUCCAAAUGAACCAAUAAUUGAGCAUUUAAUUUUUUCUGCUUCGUUUUCUGUGUUUUGUUUUGUUUUUUAAUUGUUGUUUUGCUUGUUUGUUGUUGUUUGUUCUUUAUUAAAUGUAGCA